GGCGCGGUUAGUUGGUGACGUAGAGUGUGGACAUUUAAAAACUCUCUCUUUGCUGGAGUCUCCUCCGGCUUCACGUCCAUGGCUUGGCGAUAGUGCGUGAAAUUGUAAAAAUAUUUUACCAGGAUAAAGCAGAAAAUUGAGUCACAGAGUCCCUGUCAAGCCAAAUCUGCACCUCAGGCUGACCACUGAGUCUGUGUUUUUUGGGAGGCCACUGUCGAGUCCCAGAGGAAGGAGACAUGGCCAACAACUCUUUUCGUGGGUCCAAACAUGGACCGCGUGGCGAGGCCAACCACGAGGCGGAAUUCAGCUGCUCAGCACAAGCUCUAAUGGAUCUAAUAGACGAGAAAGGACCAGAUGCAUUGACAGUCAUCAAGGAUAAAUAUGUAGAUGUUAAUGGACUGUGUGCCAGGCUGAGAACGUCACCUGUCGAAGGUUUAGAUGGAAACUUAGAGGACAUCAACAGAAGGAUACAGGUGUUUGGACAGAACGUCAUCCCCCCUAAAAAGCCAAAAACCUUUCUGCAGUUAGUGUGGGAAGCCCUGCAGGAUGUCACGCUCAUCAUCCUGGAGGUGGCAGCCAUCAUUUCACUAGGCCUUUCUUUCUACCAACCGCCCGAUGGUGAUCGAAAUCACUGUGGCAAAGCAGCUGGCGGAGUGGAGGAGGAUGGGGAGGCAGAAGCGGGGUGGAUUGAAGGUGCUGCCAUCCUGCUGUCUGUGGUGUGUGUGGUCCUAGUGACAGCCUUUAACGACUGGAGCAAAGAGAAGCAGUUCCGCGGCCUCCAGGGCCGCAUCGAGCAGGAGCAGAAGUUCACUGUGGUCCGACAAGGGCAGGUGAUCCAGAUCAAAGUUUCUGAGAUCGUCGUCGGAGACAUCGCACAAGUCAAAUAUGGUGACCACCUCCCUGCUGACGGCGUUCUGAUUCAGGGCAACGACUUGAAGAUUGAUGAAAGCCCUCUCACCGGAGAAUCAGAUCAUGUCAAGAAAACGAUCGACAAAGACCCCAUGUUGCUGUCAGGUACUCAUGUGAUGGAGGGCUCUGGCAAGAUGGUGGUCGUAGCUGUAGGGGAGAACUCUCUGGCUGGACGGAUCCACAAGCUGCUUAACGAAGAAGAUGGUGCGAGUAAGGAUGAGAAGGAGAACGCUGAGAAGGAGAAGAAAGGGGAGCAGAAGAAAAAAGACAAGAAAAGUAAAAAAGAAGAAAAAGGAAAGAAAGGAAAAAAGAAGGACAAGGGAGACGCCACCAUGGAAAUGGAGCCGCUCAACGAAAGCGGAGAACCAGAGAAAAAGAAAAACCUACCAAAGAAGGAGAAGUCUGUCCUCCAAGGGAAGCUGACCAAACUGGCUGUUCAGAUCGGCAAAGCAGGUCUGUUCAUGUCAUGUCUCACUGUCCUCAUCCUCAUCACUCGCUUCCUGAUCGAUACCUUCUGGAUUCAGGGGGUCCCCUGGGCCAAAGAGUGUAUGCCCAUUUACGUGCAGUUCUUGGUCAAGUUCUUCAUCAUCGGUGUGACGGUGCUGGUGGUGGCUGUGCCUGAAGGUCUCCCUCUGGCCGUCACCAUCGCUCUGGCCUAUUCAGUAAAGAAAAUGAUGAAGGACAACAACCUGGUCCGCCACUUGGACGCCUGUGAGACGAUGGGCAACGCCACAGCUAUCUGCUCCGACAAGACCGGCACACUGACUAUGAACCGCAUGACGGUGGUGCAGGUCUUCGUUUCAGGACACUUCUACAAAAAGUUGCCGAAACCGGACCAGAUCCCUGCAAAGAUCUUGGACCUGCUUGUCAUGGGCAUCGGUGUCAACUGCGCCUACACCACCAAGAUUAUGCCUCCAGAGAAGGAGGGUGGGCUGCCUCGCCAGGUGGGAAACAAGACUGAAUGUGCCUUACUGGGAUUCUCCCUUGACCUUCACCGAGACUACCAGGCCAUCCGCAACGAAAUACCAGAAGAGAAACUGUUCAAGGUCUACACCUUCAACUCUGUGAGGAAGUCCAUGAGUACCGUGCUGAAGAACUAUGAUGGCAGCUACAGAAUGUUCUGCAAAGGGGCCUCUGAGAUCCUGCUCAAGAAGUGCUGUAUGGUCCUGGAAGCCGACAUGAUCAGACCCUUUAAACCCAAAGACCGAAACCACCUGGUGAAAAAUGUUAUUGAGCCAAUGGCAUCAGAGGGCCUGAGGACCAUCUGCCUCGCCUACAAAGACUUCCCAGCCUCUGAAGGAGAGCCUGACUGGGAAGAUGAGGCCCACAUUCUCACGGCCCUCACCUGCAUUGCCGUGGUUGGCAUUGAGGACCCUGUACGACCUGAGGUACCAGAGGCCAUCAGAAAGUGCCAGCGGGCCGGGAUCACCGUCCGAAUGGUGACUGGAGACAACAUCAACACUGCCCGAUCCAUCGCCAUCAAAUGUGGCAUCCUGCAACCCGGAGAAGACUUCCUUUGUAUGGAGGGCAAAGAGUUCAACCAACGGAUUCGGAAUGAGGAAGGAGAGAUUGAGCAGGAGCGUAUUGAUAAGAUUUGGCCAAAGCUGAGGGUCCUCGCCAGAUCAUCUCCAACGGACAAACACACCCUGGUCAAAGGUAUCAUCGACAGCACUGUGCUGGAGCAGAGGCAGGUUGUCGCAGUAACAGGAGACGGAACAAACGACGGUCCCGCCCUCAAGAAAGCGGAUGUUGGCUUCGCCAUGGGCAUUGCAGGGACAGACGUGGCGAAGGAGGCGUCGGACAUCAUCCUGACAGACGAUAACUUCAGCAGCAUUGUGAAGGCUGUGAUGUGGGGCAGGAAUGUCUACGACAGUAUCUCCAAGUUCCUGCAGUUCCAGCUCACUGUCAAUGUGGUCGCCGUCAUCGUGGCCUUCACCGGAGCGUGCAUCACCCAGGACUCUCCUCUGAAAGCUGUGCAGAUGUUGUGGGUCAACCUGAUCAUGGACACCUUUGCUUCCCUGGCUCUCGCCACCGAGCCGCCAACUGAGUCGCUGCUGCUCAGGAACCCGUACGGUCGCACCAAGCCGCUUAUUUCCCGCACCAUGAUGAAGAACAUCCUGGGACACUGCGUUUUCCAGCUGACGAUAAUCUUCACCCUGCUCUUCGCUGGUGAGAAGCUGUUUGACAUUGACAGCGGCAGGAACGCUCCCCUCCACGCCCCGUCCUCCGAGCACUACACCAUCGUUUUCAACACGUUUGUCCUGAUGCAGAUCUUUAACGAGAUCAAUGCCCGCAAGAUACAUGGCGAGAGGAACGUGUUUGAAGGUGUUUUCAACAACCCCAUCUUCUGCUCCAUCGUCCUGGGAACCUUCAUCGUACAGUUUGUCAUCGUGCAGUUUGGUGGUAAACCAUUCAGCUGUGUGCCUCUGAACAUCGAGCAGUGGCUGUGGUGUAUUUUACUUGGUCUGGGAAGCCUCCUGUGGGGACAGCUGGUGUCCAGCAUCCCCACUAAAUGGCUAAAGUUCCUGAAGACGGCGGGUCACGGCACGCAGCAGGAGGAGAUCCCUGAGGAGGAGCUGGAGGACAUAGAUGACCUGGACGGGAUUGACCACGCUGAGAUGGAGCUGAAGAGGGGCCAGGUGCUCUGGUGCCGCGGCCUCAACCGCAUCUCAACACAGUUACGUGUCGUGAAAGCCUUCAGAGACACCGUGUCCCCCUACGAAGGCGUGGAGAAACCCGAGUCCCGCAGCUCCAUCCACAGCUUCCUGAGCCACCCUGAGUUCCGGCUGGAGGACUCUGUGGCUCAGAUCCCCAUGAUCGACGAGGCCGACUGCGAGGACGAAGAGCCGACCAAACGCAACUCCGUCAUGAUCCCGCCACCACUGACCCUGCUGUCCACCCAGCCCCAGAUCCCCGCCUCACCCAACCAGAACAACAACGCCAUGGAUCGCAUGAUCCCGAUCCCUGGUCUGGUCCCGCCCAACUCAGCAGGGCUGCCACCGUGUCCGGGGAGCCCCCUGCACAGCCUGGAGACCUCACUCUGAGGCCCCAAGCUCAGACUUUGCACUUGCUUUUGUUGUGAUGGUCUCUUCCUACUGUGUUUGUUACCAAAAAAAGUUCUGGUUCUUCUAAGAGAAGGAAGAAAAAACAUUUUAAAAACAGACUGUUCCCUUUGUUAUUCCCCUUUUUGUUUAUUUUAUCUUAACUCUCUCACGGUUGUUUAGGAGAAGAGCAUAUGUAAGUGGAUCGUUUAAUAAUCAGAUUGUAAUCUGUAAAUAUUGAUGUUGGUUUUUAGAU